ACGAACGCAACCUUGAUGAUUCGGAACAGAACGGAACCUUGAUGAUUCGGAACACGAGCCCGAGUGAUGCAGAGAGCAGAACGGAACAGUAGAGAGAUCAAAUUCGGUAGCGGCCAUGGCGGAAUCGCUGCUCCUUCCCGUCGUGCGUGGGCUGACCGGCAAGGCGACCGACGCGCUCGUCCGGAGCGUCACUCGCGUAUGCGGCGUCGACGGCGACCGCCGCAGGCUGGAGCGCCAGCUGCUGGCCGUCCAGUGCAUGCUGUCCGACGCCGAGGCGAAGAGCGAGACCAACCCCGCCGUGAAGCGGUGGAUGAAGGACCUCAAGGCCGUCGCCUACGAGGCCGACGACGUCCUCGACGACUUCCGCUACGAGGCGCUCCGCCGGGAGGCACAGAUCGGCGACGCCGCCGCCAGCAAGGUGCUGGGCUUCUUCACGCCGCACAAUACCCUCCUGUUCCGCGCUGCCAUGAGCAGGAAGCUGAGCGGCGUCCUCGAGAAGAUGAACGAGCUGGUCGAAGAGAUGAACAGGUUCGGCCUGGUGCAGCGCGCAGAGCCGCCGGAGCUUCCUUACCGGCAGACGCACUCCGCGCCGGAAGAGCCAGCUGAUAUCUUGGGCAGAGACGACGACAAGGAGGUGGUGGUGAAGCUGUUGCUGGAGCAGCGAGAUGAGCACAGGUUGCAGGUUGUCGCGGUGGUUGGGAUGGGUGGUCUGGGGAAGACGACGCUUGCCAAGAUGGUCUACAAUGACCCUCAGGUUACUGAACAUUUCCAGCUGAAGAUGUGGCACUGCGUGUCAGACAACUUUGAACCUGCUUCCCUUUUGAAAUCCGUGAUUGAAUUGGCUAAAAAUGGAAGAUGUGAGAUGUUUGACACCAUCGAGCUGCUGCGACGGCAGCUUGAGGAAGCCAUUGACCGUAAAAGGUUUCUGCUUGUGCUGGAUGAUGUUUGGAAUGAGGAGGAAAAGAAAUGGGAGGAUGACCUGAAACCACUGCUGAAUUCUGUUGGUGGUCCAGGAAGCGUCAUGGUCGUGACAACUCGGAGCCAACGAGUGGCCUCUAUAAUGGGUACACUUGGAACUCAUGAGCUACAUUUUCUGAACGAAGAUGAUUCAUGGGAGUUGUUCUCCAAGAGAGCAUUCAGUCGACAAGUGCAGGAGCAAGUAGAGUUUGUCAGCUUCGGCAAGAUUAUUGUCAACAAGUGCAGAGGAUUACCUCUCGCUCUUAAGACAAUGGGUGGCCUGAUGAGUUCAAAGCAUUUAGUCUCCGAAUGGGAGGCGAUUGCAGAAAGCAAUAUUGGUGAUAGGUUGCAAGGCAAGAAUGAUGUCAUGGACAUACUGAAAUUGAGUUACAGACACCUAUCAUCUGAAAUGAAACAAUGCUUUGCAUUUUGUGGAGUUUUCCCCAAAUACUAUGAGAUGGAGAAGGACAUACUGAUCCAGCUAUGGAUGGCAAAUGGUUUUAUUCAAGAACACGGGAACGUAGAUUUAUCACACAAAGGAGAACUCAUCUUCUAUGAUUUGGUAUGGAGAUCAUUCCUCGAAGAUGUGAAAGUGAAGAAAAUGCACUGGUAUGAGUAUGAUAGAGAUCCAGUUAUUUGUAAAAUGCAUGACUUAAUGCAUGACCUAGCAAAAGAUGUUACAAACGAAUGUGCCACUACAGCCAGGGAGUUUUGUCAGGAGAAAAGGUCGGCAAAAGAUGUCUGUCACAUGCUACCAUGGGAUAUAUCAGAAGAAAUGGUGAUUGAAUUAUUCAAAGGCGUAGCAUCACUACGCACUUUGAUGUUGCCAUCUGAAUUUGAUUCUGAUAUUCUUAAGAAGUUAAGACCGGUGACAAUAAGAGCGCUACAAUGGUGUCCUUGGUUAAUACAAGAAAAACAUUUGUCUAAUCUCCUUAGCCAUGUGAUGAAUGCAAAACACUUGCGAUAUCUCGACCUUACUGCCUCUAAUAUUGUUAGGUUGCCAAAUUCGAUAUGCAUGCUAUAUAACUUACAGACACUUAAGCUUAAUGGUUGUGCUAGUCUAAGAAAGUUGCCAGAAGGUAUGAGGACAAUGAGGAAGUUGAUCCACAUUUAUCUUCAUAGGUGUAACAGUUUACAACAGACGCCCCCCUAUAUUGGUCGACUGAACAAUCUACGCACUCUAACAAAAUUUUUUGUGCUUACUAAAUCUGGGUGUGGAAUCGAGGAGCUCAAAGAUUUGCGACAUCUAGCCAACAGGUUGGAAGUGUAUGGUUUGAGAAAGAUUAAAUGCAAAGAAAACGCAAAAGAAGCCUGUCUCCAUCAGAAGCAAAAUCUAAGCGAACUGCUAAUGUAUUGGGAUUCUGAUGAAUUUUACAUGCCUGAAAACAAGGCCAGCAAUGAGGAAGAAGUGUUGGAGGCGCUUGCUCCUCAUGGUAGGCUAAAAGUUUUGAAGCUAUACGGAUAUAGUGGCCUCAAGAUCCCACAAUGGAUGAGUGACCCACAGAUGUUGCAGUGCUUAACAACUCUCCACAUUUCCAACUUUUCAGGAUGCAAGGAUUUAUCAACACUAUGGUUAUCAAACUCGCUUGAGCAUCUAUGCUUAUCCCGUAUGGAUAAUCUGACCACAUUGUGUAAGAACGUUGGUGUGGGUGCUGAAGGAUACACCAUCCCUCUGCAAGUUUUCCCAAAGUUAAAGUUUCUGAAGCUAGAGUGGCUACCAAGCUUGGAGAAAUGGGCAGAAAAUGUUGCAGGCGAGGCUAAUGAUCUGGUAACGAUUCCAGAGCUCGAACGACUAUGUAUUGGCUACUGUCCAAAACUUGCUAGUGUCCCAGACUGCCCUGUUCUAAAAGAACUGUAUGCACACGGAUCUUGUAGUCUUGGCAAGCCGUUGGGCUCAUGGCCAUCUCUUGUGAAACUCCAUGUUAGUUCGUUGGUUAACACGGUGGCCACUCUGAAGGUCGAUGCAAAGCAAGUCCCCCUAGAAAACCUUCGGAGUUUGAGGGUAUCUGGUAACCUCUUCACGCCCACAUACAGUUUCUCUAAAAUGCAUCUUGAACUCUGGAAAUGCUUUGCCUUUGUGGAGGAUUUGGAUAUUGAUGUAUGCAGCGAUCUUGUUUACUGGCCACAUGAGGAGCUCACAAACUUAAUUCACCUUCGAUACCUGUCAAUUGCAGACUGCAAUAACCUUGAGGGAAAAGGUUCAUCGUCUGAGGAAACCAUGUCACUGCCCCAUCUAGAGAUGUUAUGCAUAAAAAGCUGCAACAGUCUUCUGGAGAUACCAUCGCUGCCUGCAUCCCUCGAGGAUAUAGAGAUCUCAGAUUGCCCCCGAUUGGUGGCAUUGCCUUCGAACCUUGGAGACCUAGCCAAGCUAGAGAGUCUGCAUCUGAGCUGCUGCAUUAGCCUGAAGGAGCUACCUGAUGGGAUGUAUGGUCUCACUUCGCUUGAAGAACUGAAUAUUGAGGAAUGCCCAGGGAUAGAGAAAUUUCCACAGGGUCUCCUACAGCGGCUCCCAACCCUCGAAACCUUGACAAUCGAAGACUGCCCUGGCUUGGAAAGAUGGUGCAGAGAAGCCGGAGUAUUUUCACUUGCUCUCCUCCCUUCGACUUAGGUCAAUGACCUGUUCUAAAAUGCUGAAAUGAUAACCCAGAUGAUUAAUACAUGGGUUAAUGAAGCGCUAUUGAUUAUGAAGCUAACGCAUAGCUUGAAAAACUUUGCUCUAAAGACCUUGGGUGGCUCUUGAUGAGUUCAAAGCGAUUAGCCUAAAAAAGUUGCUCUAAAAUUUGACUGAAUUUGUAUUGGACUAUGGACCCUAUGGGAACCUGGA